ACUUGUUUGUGACUGCAGAAUGUUGUCUUAGGUGGGCUGAGGUGGUUGCCUUCUACGUGCGUCUGAUGAAGCUUGAAAGUUGCCUGGUUCGCCUUUCUUACCAAGAAACUUAAGAAACUUUCUCUAGAUCCAGAUAAGAUUCCCAGGAGAAGCGAAACGAAGUGGACCUCGGUGACCCUCAUCUGUCUCGGACAUCAACAAAUAAUGCAUCGGAAGACGAGGACACUUCAGGAAAGAAAAUAAAUCCCCGAAAUGAAGGAGACCCACAGCUGAGACUGAAGCAGAAUUUGAAGGUGGAGCUUUGUUCCAGGGAUCUUUGGAGGAAGUUUCACUCUCUGGGUACGGAGAUGAUUAUUACGAAGGCCGGAAGUAGGCGGAUGUUCCCGACGGUCAAAGUGAGGCUCAGUGGGUUGGAACCAGCAGCCUCGUACAUCGUCUUUCUGGACAUCGUACCUGUAGACGAUAAACGCUACAGAUACGUAUACCACAGUUCUCAGUGGAUGGUCGCGGGCUCCGGGGACCUACCACUUCCUCACAAUCUGUACGUUCACCCAGACUCGCCUGCUACGGGUCAGCUGUGGAUGGCUCAGGGAGUUAUAGCUUUCGAUAAAUUGAAACUUACCAACAACAGAAAGCCUCUAGUCAGGGGUCAGGUUUCGCUACAUUCCAUGCACAAAUAUCUCCCUCGGGUGCAUAUUCUGCAGACUACAGACCUGGAAACACCUCCAGAAUAUCAGGCAUCUUUGGAACGCGGCCUGACUUACACGUUUCCAGAAACAACAUUUACAACAGUAACAGCUUAUCAGAAUCAACAAAUAACUCGCCUGAAAAUUGCCAGUAACCCAUUUGCCAAGGGUUUUAGAGAAGCGUCAAGAACCAUGGAUUCACUGGAUGACAAUCAGCAUCUGAGUCCACCAGAAUUUUCAUCAACAUCGUCAAUGGGACCAUCAAAGUUAUUUCCUGCGAGGCAUAUAACAUAA